AAAAAAACAUGACGUGAAAAUUUCAAGAAAGAGAAAUACGUAAUGAUCAAAUUAAAAACAACUGUCACUUUUUUUCCCAAACUCACACGAUUUCUUAUAGUUUCCAAGUUGCUGUUGCAAUGAGUUCAAAACAGGUAUAGUAUUAGUCUUAGUAGUCUUCCUUCCACAAAUAUUUUUUAUUUUUUAUUUUUCUAUAUGAAUUCCCAUGGAGAGAGUUCUCCACGAGAAACAAAGCAGAAGACAAGAGGAAAAGACCAUAAUUGCUUAAACGCUUUGCUCUGUUUCUCAGGCACAGCAAUGACAGCAGUAAAGCUGUUUGUCGUUUUGUUCAUCUUCUUUCCCAACUAUUCAUCAGCAACUGACACCAUAACGCCAAGCAAGCCUCUCUUAGACGAUGGCCAAACACUCAUCUCUGCCGGUGAAGUCUUCGAACUGGGAUUUUUUAGCCCAACAAAUUCUGUGAACCGCUACGUUGGAUUAUGGUACAAGAAAGCUCCCCAAGGCAUGAUUCUUUGGGUCGCGAACAGAGAUAAGCCGCUUAAGGACUCAUCUGGGAGACUAUCAAUAACUCAAACUGGAAAAGUAGUCAUUCUCAAUAACCAUUCAAGCACUCCCAUAUGGGCUUCCGAUUCUUCAGCCAAAAACCCCACUUUACAGCUCUUAAGCACGGGAAAUCUCGUGGUUAAAGAUGGCGGAAGUGGGAAAUUAGUAUGGCAGAGUUUUGAUCAUCCACGUGAUACGCUUAUAGCAGGAAUGAAACUGGGAUGGAACCUUGAAACACGUCAAAACUGGAUCCUUAGCUCCUGGAACAGCCCCAAUGAUCCAUCUACAGGAAAUUAUACGUACGAGGUCGACCCUCGUGGGCUUCCUCAAAUAAUUCAGCGAAAAGGGUCGGAGGUACAAUACCGAAGCGGGUCUUGGGACGGUGUCCGGUUCGGUGGAGAACCCCCUGUGGGACCAAACCCCCUAAUUACGCCUAUUUUUGUUUUCAAUACUAGUCAUGUCUACUAUACCUAUGAAAACAAUGAAGCUUCUAGCUUAACAGCGUUCAGAUUGAACCCAUCGAGCACAAUUGAACAGUUCAGUUGGAACUAUCAACGUCAGGAGUGGGUUUCGGUCUACACUCUGCAGAAAGAUCAAUGUGAUUCUUUUGAGCAUUGUGGUCCAAACGGUGUCUGCAAUGUUAAUUUGGAUCUUAUUUGCCAUUGCCCAACUGGGUUUGUGCCAAAAAUGCCUAGAGACUGGGAAAGAUUCGACUGGGGUAGUGGAUGUGUACCUAAGACUAAAUUGAAUUGUAGCUCAGAGAAGGGUUUCAAGAAGUUUUCUCACUAUAAAUUGCCGUACGGGCUAAAGUUUUUGGCUCAAAGAACUGUGGUGAGUAUUGAAGAUUGUAAAGACAUUUGUUUGAGGAACUGUUCGUGUUCGGCUUAUGCUCUAAGUGGUGUUAGUGGCUGCAUGUUGUGGUUUGAUGAAGACUUGGUUGAUAUGACGGAAUACAAUGUUGGGGGACAAGAUCUGUAUAUUAAGAUGGCUGCUUCUGAACUUGCACAAGAAAAUGAUAGCAGACGGACUGUAAUAAUUAUCUCAGUAUCAAUAGUCUCGAUUCUUGUAUUAUUGAUUUGUAUUGGAGGCUAUAUUUUGUGGAACAUGAAGACCAGCUCCCACAAAAGCCAAGCUGAGAGAAUGUUACCUAAUCAAGAAGAAGAGCAACAUUCUGAUGCCUUGACAGAGGAUGUAGAGCUUCCUUUAUUUGAUCUAAAUACUAUUAUGAGUGCCACUGACAAUUUUUCUACUGGAAAUAAGAUUGGAGAGGGUGGUUUUGGCCCUGUUUACAUGGCUGUGCUCCCAACUGGGCAAGAAGUAGCAGUGAAGAGGCUAUCCAAAGAUUCAGGACAAGGAGUCAUAGAGUUCAAGAAUGAGGUUAUUUUGAUUGCUAAACUUCAACACCGGAAUCUUGUUAGGCUGUUGGGGUGUUGUAUUCAUAGAGAAGAGAGGAUGUUGAUCUAUGAGUACAUGCCUAACAAAAGUUUGGACUUGUAUUUAUUCAAUCAAACAAAAGGGACUGCGCUCAAUUGGCAGAUGCGGUUUGAUAUUAUAGUUGGUAUUGCUCGAGGGCUUCUCUAUCUUCACCGAGAUUCAAGGUUGAGAAUCAUUCAUCGAGAUCUUAAAGCAAGUAACAUCCUCUUAGAUAACGAAAUGAAUCCCAAAAUAUCAGACUUUGGCUUGGCAAGAAUAUUUGGAGGUGACCAGAAUGAAGUAACUACUAAAAGAGUAGUUGGAACUUAUGGUUAUAUGUCUCCUGAGUACGCAAUAGAUGGACUUUUCUCCGUGAAAUCUGAUGUAUUUAGUUUCGGAGUUAUGAUUUUGGAGAUACUAAGUGGGAAGAGAAACAGGGGAUUUCAACAUUCGGAUCAUGACCUCAAUCUUUUAGGACAUGCUUGGAAAUUAUGGAAUGAGAAGAGACCGUUGGAGGUGGUUGAUGUUUUGGUGAAAGAUGUCAAUGAAUCAGAAGCAAUGCGAUGUAUCCAAGUGGGGCUGUUGUGUGUCCAAAAACGCCCUGAAGAUAGGCCCUUAAUGUCAGCCGUUCUUUUCAUGUUGGAUAGUGAAAAUCCCUCGUUGCCUCAACCUAAGCAACCUGGAUUUUAUGUUGGAAGGGUCUCUUCAGAGGUUGAUUCUUCAUCAUCUUGCAAUCAACCAUUUACUUCUACUGAACUAACUGUGACAAGGCUACAAGGAAGAUGAGAGAAAAAAAAAACUCUAAGUUGGUCUGUACAGUCCACAAAACCAAAUGCUUAAUUUAUUUGAUGUUCCAUCUAGGAAAGUAGUGCCACUAAUGGAAAAUAGUUUAUUGGUGUAAAUUUCUCUUCAAACAUUAGAUUUUUGUAAAUUGUUUGGAUCAUUUUAUGCUGUACUGUACAAAGGCGAAUGUUGCAACUCAGAAAGAUGCAGAGAAGAAUGCUUGACUAGACUAGAACAUCUAUAUUAGAGUGCAUAGGAAGGAAGGGAAGUUCUAAAUAAUAAAAUUUUAGAUAAAUGGUUUAUUUUAGCUUUUAAAUAUUUUGAAAUGAGAAGCACACUAGUAAUGUAUUAUUAUUUUUGCCAGAAGUCAUACUUUUAAUAUAUUUUAUUGAAUACUUUUAUCA